UUAUUAAAAUUUAUUGUUUCUGCGCUGGAAAACUCAUAAUUUUUAUACAAAUGGAAAGAUAAAUAGGUCUAAAAACGGUAUAACAAACAGUCAAAUACAGUAAAGAUUCUGCAUGAAACUUGGUGUCUAACGUUAACCAACUCUUGUUACUAACAAGCUACUUCUCCUAAUCUAUAAGCCAAACAAAGAUAAGAUCAAAAUUUAUUACACAAUGCAUGUAAUACAACCCCUAAUUAUAGUGUCAUUACAUUAUCUAUUUAAAGGAUCACAAAGUGAAUCCCAAUUUCAAAUUAAGCCACAACAUUCCUUCCUUCCUUCCUUCUAAGCACAAAAGCAAAAACAAAAUGGCAGGAGGAGCUUUUGUGUCAGAAGGAGGAAGUGGUGGAAGAGAUUAUGAAGGAGGAGUCACAGUUUUCGUUGUCAUAACAUGUAUGGUUGCGGCCAUGGGAGGUCUCCUCUUUGGUUAUGACCUUGGAAUCUCAGGAGGUGUGACAUCAAUGGAUGAGUUUCUUAGCAAGUUCUUCCCACAAUUAGAGAAGCAGAGGGUAAAGGCAAAGCACGAGACGGCUUACUGCAAAUUUGAUGACCAAAAGCUCCAAUUGUUUACUUCUUCUCUCUACUUAGCAGCUUUGGUAGCUUCCUUUGUGGCUUCGGUUGUUACUAGGAAGUAUGGACGAAAGGUUUCCAUGUUUACCGGUGGACUUGCUUUCCUCACCGGUGCACUAAUCAACGCCUUUGCCAUUAAUGUCACAAUGCUCAUCAUCGGGAGACUUUUGCUCGGUGUAGGUGUGGGAUUUGCUAAUCAGUCUACUCCGGUUUACCUCUCAGAAAUGGCUCCAGCAAAGAUAAGAGGAGCGCUAAACAUUUGUUUCCAGGUGGCUAUUACGUCUGGAAUCUUGGUGGCGAAUCUGAUCAACUAUGGAACAUCUAAUAUGGCUAAAAAUGGGUGGAGGGUUUCUUUAGGUUUAGCAGCUGUUCCAGCAAUUCUUAUGGUGAUCGGAUCAUUCUUUUUGCCCGAUACACCAAACUCAAUGCUUGAGAGAGGAAAAUACGAGGAAGCAAAACAAAUGUUGAAGAAAGUACGAGGAACAGAAAACGUUGACCAUGAGUUUCAAGAUAUACGCGAUGCAUGUGAAGCUGCUAAAGAGGUAGAACAUCCAUGGAAAAACAUCAGGCAGAGCAAAUACAGACCAGCUUUAGUCUUCUGCUCGGCCAUUCCCUUUUUCCAGCAGAUUACUGGAAUUAAUGUCAUUAUGUUCUACGCUCCUGUGCUCUUCAAGACUCUUGGUUUUGGAGAUGAUGCUGCUCUUAUGUCGGCUGUAAUAACCGGUGUAGUUAACGUGCUCGCGACCUUUGUCUCCCUAUACUCGGUUGAUAGAUUUGGAAGAAGGUUUCUUUUCCUUGAAGGUGGCAUUCAAAUGUUCAUAUGUCAGAUUCUUGUUGGUUCAUUUAUCGGUUUAAAAUUCGGAACCACGGGAACUGGAACCUUGACACCAGCAACAGCAGACUGGAUUCUUGUUUUCAUAUGUGUGUACGUUGCUGGAUUUGCAUGGUCAUGGGGUCCAUUGGGUUGGUUAGUACCCAGUGAAAUCUGUCCAUUGGAAAUCAGACCAGCGGGACAAGCCAUCAACGUCUCAGUCAACAUGUUCUUCACUUUCCUCAUCGGUCAAUUCUUCUUGACAAUGCUUUGUCACAUGAAGUUUGGUCUCUUCUACUUCUUCGCAGGCAUGGUUGCCAUCAUGACCAUCUUCAUCUACUUUUUGUUUCCGGAGACCAGAGGUGUUCCCAUUGAAGAGAUGGGAAGAGUUUGGAAGCAACAUUGGUUUUGGAAAAAUUACAUUCCAGAUGAUGCAGUUAUUGGUGGACAUGAUGAAAACUAAACCAAUUCGGUUUAAGUGGAACUGGUUCGGUCAUAUAUGUUCAUCAAUUAUGAGUUGUUUUCACGUUAAUGCUGUCUAGAUAAUUUGUUAAUUACCUGAUUCAUUACCUAAAUAUAUACGAUGCUUCUUUAUUGUCUUUUACAUUUCUUAUAUGAAUAAACCAAAUGCUUGAUUCACACAAUAAACCAAAAACCAAGCAAUAGUGUAGCUUUCUUGAUGGUCGGUGUGUAUCCACAUCAGUCAUUGGUUUGAUUCUCUUUGAAAAUUAAAUUAUCACUGAUUUGUAAGUCUAGGUUUGGUCUUCGGUCCAAAUGGUUAACAUAGUGAGCUGUAAUAGAAGAUAGGUUCACAUCUUACAUUAGUCAAAAGACAUUCGAAUUUGGGCCACGUAGUGUGAUAUCCAGUCCACUUUGUAACACUAAUUGCAUUCUCCCUGAGUCUGAUAUGUUCAUCCGAUAGGAUAUAUCAAAAAAAAUGCAUGUUAUUGUAUUCAUGAUUUGACCGGUGACGUAGGGAAUUAUUGGGAACAAAAAAUUCCUAUCAAUUCCUUAAUAUUUACACUACUUGUGAAGAAUAAUUGUUACAUAUAGUUCCUUACCAUUCUUUUUAUUUUAAGAAACUAUAGAACAAAACAUACUUUAUGAAAAUUGGUAAAGAACAAAAGUAUAUUCUUUUCAUUUUUUAUUUUGUUUCUACUUAUUCUUUUCCUCUUCAUUCAUGUUAUUGUUUUCAUGGUUACCAGUUAGAGCAUCAAUAUUUAAUAAACUUUAUGGAAAUAUGACAUUUCUUGAAAUUAUAAUCCAAAAAUGAUAAUAUAUAUAUAUAUAUAUGUAUUUUUCAUUGAAAAUUUAAUAAUACUAGAAAGUAAUUGUAAGCAGGCAAAUCAUAAGAUCUAUUCAAUAAAAAAUUUGAAGUAAUUAUAUUAAAAUAACAAGUUUUUCAUCCACACAAAAUUAAAAUAUAUUUUCAAAUUGAGUGCUAUAGGAAAUAUUUUAAACAUUAAUAUGUUUAAUUAUUUUUUAAAACGUUAAUGAUAUCUUAGUUAAAUACAUAAAAUAUAAUUUCAAUACUUUUAUAAUUAAUUAUGUUUUUCACUAAAAUAAUAGUAGUUUAUAUAAUCUACCCAUAAUCAUCUAAAACUUCAUGGAAAAUUAAAUCAUUCAAAUUAUGCCAAAUAGAAUACACUCCAGAAAGUUGUUCAAAAAAAAAAGAAUACACUCCAGAAUUGAAUAUUGACUCUAAAUUAAUUGAAAAAUGGUCUCAAGUUGGACCAAUUAAAAUAUAAUGUAAUUCGAUUAAAAUAAUAAUAUAAAAUUUUCAAAAGUCUUAGAUAAUAUAAUUUUCCAUUAAAAUCAUAAGUUAAUAACUGCCAUGUAUAAAAUUUGUAUAAGGUUUGUGUAAACAUAAACAAAGCAUCGUAUUGUUUGUAUUUCUUAUCAAAAUAAAGUUUAUCUCUAAUUUUUCUUUUUAUUUCAAUAUUUUGAUGUUAUUUAACAAACAAAAUUUAAAAUAAGUUUAUAUUAUAGGAUAUACUUAUGAUAAUUAGAAUUAUAUCAAUAGUUUAAUAAACAGACAAAAUCUAAAGCCAAAUCUAACUACUAUAAAAUAUCGUGAAAUUAAACUUUUAUUUUAGAAAUUUAAAAGAUAUUUAUAAUAUAAAUGUAAAACAGAAAUGUUAAAUUUAAUUAAUAAGUCUAUAAAUUAACAAAUUGUUAUAAUAGACUAAAUAAAUUUAUAUAGUGUUUACUAUAGUAUUGAUAUUAUUAAAAAUAAAAUUUAAAAUUUAUUAAAU